UUUUUUCCUGUUCGGGAUGCGGAUUGAGCAAUCGGCUUCUCUGGGUCGGAUGGGGAUGAGGAGAGGAGGAAAGUUUGCUGGGAUGGAGGGAAGAUACCGCAGGAAAUGGACUUGGCUCUUUGUGGAACUCCGAGGGAAAAUGACAGCGGGGACAUCGCUCCUGUUUGGGCUCUUUCUCCUGCUUUGCUGUGUGGACUGUGGAAGUGGCCAGGAGCUGAAUCCUAGAGGAAGGAAUGUAUGCAAGUCUCCAGGGUCUUCGAGCUUUACCUGUUGCCCUGGAUGGAGACAGCAAGGAGAAGAUUGUUUAAUAGCUAUUUGUGAAGGCAACUUUACGUGCAAGGAAAAUGAGGUCUGUGUCAGGCCCAAUGAGUGCCGUUGUCGUCAUGGAUACUUUGGUGCCAAUUGUGAAACAAAAUGUCCAAGACAGUUUUGGGGUCCAGACUGUAAAGAAAAAUGUUCCUGCCAUCCACAUGGACAAUGUGACGAUGUUGGCGGACAGUGCACCUGCAAUUCAAAUCGGUGGGGAUCCAACUGUGAGAAUGCCUGUCUAUGCAAGCAUGGAAAAUGUGACCAAGAGACUGGAAAAUGCACCUGUGAACAAAAUUGGUGGGGUCCUCAGUGUUCGAGUGCCUGCUAUUGUAGUACCAACUCACAAUGCGACCAAGCCACAGGGAGGUGCAUAUGUCAGCCAGGAUGGUGGGCUCGGAGCUGUAACAACCAAUGCUCUUGUAACAAUUCCCCAUGUGAUCAACAAACUGGACGCUGCUUAUGUCGGGAACGGUUAUGGGGCUCACGAUGUGAGAGAGUAUGUCAGUGUUUAAAAGGAAAAUGCAAUCAAGUGGAUGGAACUUGCACUUGUGAGCCUGGAUAUAGGGGUAAAUUUUGCCGUGAGCCUUGCCCUGCUGGACUCUAUGGACAGGGCUGUCGGAAGAGAUGUGGUCAAUGUAAGGGACUGCAGCCAUGUACCAUUGCUGAUGGUCGAUGUAUUGCAUGUGAACCCGGCUGGAAUGGAACAAGGUGUGAUCAAGCGUGUGCCCAUGGUUUCUAUGGAGAAGACUGUUUUCUUCCGUGUCCACUGUGCAAGGAUGGACACACCUGUAAUCACAUUAAUGGGAAGUGCUCACACUGCAAUGCUGGCUGGAUAGGUGAUAGGUGUGAAACAAAAUGUCGCAAUGGCACAUAUGGCGAAAACUGUGCCUUUGUUUGCACUGACUGCUUUAAUGGAGAGUGUCAUUUUGAGACUGGAAAGUGCCUUUGCAGUGCUGGAUCUCACGGACCAUUCUGCAACCUAACCUGCCCUGCUGGCCAAUAUGGUAUUAAUUGUGACCUGUCUUGUAACUGCCACGACAAUAAGUGUGAUCCCAUUACUGGAGCCUGCCACAUGGAAGCCAAUCAGAGGAUGGGGGUGAUAGGCGCAGGGGCCCUUGUGACAUUGCUCUUGAUUCUCCUGCUGUCAUUGCUGUGCUGCUGCUGUGUCUGCCGCAAGAAAGAAGAAUCAGCUGGUGAAAAUCGAGAGAAAGCAGCAAACAAGAAGCCCCCUCGACGCUUCUGUGGACGUUUCAGCCGAAUCAGCAUGAAACUGCCUCGAAUUCCCUUGCGUAGACAAAAGCUGCCAAAAGUUGUGGUGGCUCAUCAUGACAUGGAUAAUACAUUUAACUGCAGCUUUAUUGAACCACCAUCUGUUGUUGAACAGCCAUCCCCUUCAUGGUCAUCCCGUGGUUCCUUUUCAUCUUUUGACACCACAGAUGAUGGACCAGUGUACUGUGUUCCCCAUGAGGAAUCAGUGACAGAGUGUAAGGACAAGGGCAACACCCGAGCUUUGGAAAAGAUGGUCCCACCAGUUAAUGAGGAGGAAGCUGGUGAAUAUACUUAUCUAAAAGACUCUGGAUCACCUAAAUCAUCCCAGGUCGAUCACAGCGAAACCCCCCUACUCAAGUCAUCUGAUAGUGAAAGAUCAUCUUGUGGUUCUGGAUCUACAGGUGGAGCAUUGUACGCAAAGGUUGCAAGGCUGUCUAAACAGUCAAAGGAGGAAGAUGACCCAUCCAUGGAUAACAGAAGUGCUACAAUAGGAGCAAAGCCUCCAUCACCUGAAAGAACAAAACCUCCCCCACCCGAUCCAUCUACAAAGCCUAAGGUAUCAUGGAUUCAUGGCAAAUGUAAUGCAGGUCAAUCUAAUACUAUGCCAUCAUUUAUUAAGACAUCGGAAAAGCCAGCAAAUAAUUCUGACCAAUCAGAACAAAAUUCAAGUGUUAAAGAAAAAGAACAUCAUAGGAAGAGGACCCCUAGUGAUACAAGCCCUGCAGGGCAAGGAAAAAAUGAAGAAAAAGUAAUUAUGAGAAAUAAGGACAAGAAGAAGGAUGCAGGCAGUGCAGAAAGCAAACCUGCUGAAGAAGCGCAAUCUCCUUCCAAAUCAAAACACAGGAACAAAACUCAUGAGCACAUAGAAAAUAUUAAUGGAACAGUCCAAAAUGCCUUAAAGAGGAUAGGAAAUCUACACCUUGAUAAAAAGAGUGGGGAUGCUAAAGAAGCCCCAAAAAGUCCAGAUCACAGCAAGUCUCUAGCUGAGGUCCUUCAUCCUCAUUUAUCAUCAGAGGCAGCUUCAUUACUGGCUGCCCAACUAAAGGAAAAAACUCAGAGUCUCAAUAAGGUGGAGGCCAGUCCUAACCAAAAUGGGAUUGGUCCACUAAAAGCACAAAAGGAGAAACCAACCCCUCCCCAGAAAGCUAAGCGAUCUGCAGCAGCCAUAAAUCAGAAAUCCAGCAAAGCCAUUUUGCCCACAUCUACCAACCUACAAAAAAUGAUCAACCCAGUUGCAGAGACAGUUCCAGGCACAGGAAAUCCAGUUGAAAAACAAAACUCUAACAGCAGUCAGGAGCAGGCUGUGGGUACAAAGCAAGAACCAGCAGAACCAGCAGUCAAAAAGACACCCAUAAAGAAGCCCCCAAGAAAGAAAAGCAAAGAUGCCACCUUGGACACUGAUGGAAAAGUACAGCCGAAAAUGGCAAUAAUGCCACCGCAGUCAGUAAAAUAAUGUUGACUUAUUAGCACAUUGUUUUCUCUCCAUAAGGGGCAUUAGUUCUUCAACUCAUGGACGUAUUUUUAUGUAGCCAUAUUUGAGCCAAAGAAAUGUCAGUCUUUAGGGUGAGAAGACAAGUGCAUUUGGAAAUAAAUAUUGUUGUGCCAGUUCAAAACAUGUUAAAGACAAAGAAGAUGCUUCAGCGGCCUGCAACACGUCCAAUGAAACCAGCAGUAUCCACAAUACAAUAAUAAGUGCCUCUAUAUGUGGAUUAUAGUGCCUUUACUUUUUCAUGGAAACUGGACCAUGCACAGCCAAAAGAUGAUGGUCAUAUUAGAAUUUUUUAAAUUAAUGUUUAUUGAGGAACGCAUUUGGAUAAUGUGGUAUAUAUGAUAAUUAAUAGACUAUGACAAUUUCAUAGCAUUGGUUUGUCAUGUAAAGCUGACCAUUCAACAAUUUUUUUUUUACAUUUUUUAGCAUGAUAGUCUACUGCCAAGCCUUACUAUUUGCAAGUUGCUUUACAAUACUUCAUUCAAUGAAGAAGGCCGGGUAUCUAAAUUAUUUAAAAAUACUUAUUUUUGUAUUAAAAAUUUUAAACCCUGGACAAUU